UCUGGGCCAAUCAGGAAGCGAGCAGCACGGCUGCGCAGUGGCUACAUGACGUAGAACGUAUCACUCGUGUGACACGGAAAUGAGAUGACAAGCUCAGCGUUACUCACUGAUUUCACCACAAACAGCGGAAAAAAACUAAUUCGACGCAAAGGUUGCGGUCCAGAUAAGGAGGGCUUGCCUGGUUGACCCUGCGUGGAACCCCCUUCCUUGCCAUGGCAACGCCCUAUUUUCCCACAUUCCUCUUCCUCAUUUUUUUGUCCUCCUUUGCCCUCUUGCUGCUCACCCUUCUGCCCUCUGUCUCCCCGUCAGUUCCCUUUCCAUCCUCUUCUCAUUCCUCACCUUGGCCGUCGCCGUCCUGCGGGCCGGGUCAGUCCUGGGCAGUCCGGCUUCACGCUGGCUCGCAUCACCAGGAAGAAGAUGCUGAACAGGGCUCUGUGCACCUGGAUGUCAUAGCCAACAGGGUAGCAGACCAGGCCGGGCUGCAGAACCAAGGCCAGAUUGGACAGCUGGAAGGCCACUACCUGCUGUGCUCUGUAAAGCCUGGUGCUGGAUUUGUAGGUGGUAACUGGAAAAAAGGUCUUCAUCCUGGGGAUGUCCUAGCAGCCCACCCACAUGUCCUGUGGUACUCCCGGGAUAAAGUGCUCAGCCGCUCAAAGAGAUCAGUGGCCUUCAAUGACCCCAACUACCCUAAACAGUGGCACCUGCACAAUGACAUCAGUCGCGGUAUGGAUAUCAACGUGACAGGUGUGUGGGAGCGCAACAUCACCGGCCGAGGAGUCACGGUUGUGGUCGUGGAUGACGGCGUGGAGCACACCCACCAGGACAUUCAGCCCAACUACAGUCCGGAGGGCAGUUAUGACCUGAACUCCAACGACCCGGACCCCAUGCCUCACCCGGACGUCCACAGCGACAACCACCACGGCACUCGAUGCGCUGGAGAGAUCGCAGCUGUUCCCAACAACAGCUUCUGUGCCGUGGGCGUAGCCUAUGGCAGCAAGGUGGCAGGUAUCAGAGUUCUGGACGGCCCACUGACAGACAGCCUGGAGGCCAUAGCCUUCAACAAACACUACCAAGUCAAUGAUAUCUACAGCUGCAGUUGGGGUCCAGAUGAUGACGGACACACUGUGGACGGACCUCAUCCCCUCGGCAAGGCAGCGCUGCAGCACGGGGUGAUCGCAGGCCGACGAGGCUUUGGGAGCAUCUUCGUGGUCGCCAGUGGCAACGGAGGUCAAUACAACGACAACUGCAACUACGACGGCUACGCCAACUCCAUCUACACCAUCACAAUCGGAGCGGUUGAUGAGAACGGCAGGAUGCCCUUCUACGCUGAGGAGUGUGCGUCCAUGCUGGCUGUCACCUUCAGCAGCGGGGGGACCAAGCUGAGGAGCAUUGUGACAUCCGACUGGUCCAUGCGGCAGGGGACCGGCUGCACAGAGGGCCACACCGGCACGUCUGCUGCAGCCCCCCUGGCGGCGGGAAUGGUGGCCCUGAUGCUGCAGGUUCGGCCCUGCCUCAGCUGGAGGGACGUCCAGCACAUCAUCACCUUCACAGCCACCAAGUGUGAUAACAGCUCAGACUGGAGGGUGAACGGGGCAGGUUUCCAUCACAGCCACCAGCACGGCUUCGGUCUGCUCAACGCAUGGAGGCUGGUCAACGCUGCCAAGGUGUGGGAGUCGGUGCCGUUCCUCGUGUCCUAUCAGAGCCUCGUAAUAAAGGAGGAGGAAAUCAUCCGGACCUAUCCGGACGAGCUGGUCCGUACCUGGAAAGUUUCUGCAGAGGACCUAAGAGAGUCGGGAAUGCAGACGCUGGAGCAUGUGGCCGUUACCAUGACGAUAACCCACCCUUGCCGUGGCAAUGUGGAGAUUGUGCUGGUUUGCCCCAGCGGUAUGGCGUCGGUCAUCGGGGCUCGCCGUGCCAUCGACAGAGACGCUGCAGGCUAUCAGGACUGGACUUUCUCCACUGUGCGCUGCUGGGGAGAGAGAGCUGAAGGCCUGUACACCCUGAAGAUAUCGGACCACAAAGAGGGGUCCUCUGAGCAGUGUGCUGCCUUGGGGGCGCUGAAGCAGUGGAAGCUGACCCUGUAUGGCUCAUCGAUGACCGACACUGAAGUCAAGGACAGACAGAGGCUGGUGGAGGAGGCCAUGAGUGGCAAGUAUCUGGACAGCAGCUUCUCCCUGCCCUGCCCUCCAGGCCUGGACAUCCCUCCGGAGAUCAUCAGCCCCUUCACCUCCAACAACCUGAAGUUCCUGCUGCUGCUGGGCUGCUUUGCUCUCUUCUGGUCCCUCUACUACACCCUGGAGGUCACGCUGGCCCACCUGGACCUCAGGACCCUUCUCUGCCUGCCCAGGAGACGUGGGGGUCACCGGGGCAGGAAGGGGGGCCGAGGGAGAGGAGUAGAGGAGGCGAUGGUGGAGGAGGAAGAGGACACGGAGGAAGAGGAGCUGGACUCAGGGGUGGAGUUGCAGGCAGUGCUGGACUUAGAGGCCAAAGUGCCGCUUGUCAUCGGAGAGCAGCUGGCAACAUAGCACUGAGCCAAUCACUGUCUGCGCUCGUGGGACGUCUCAGGCUUUCCCCCUCUCGUGUUCGCUCACCCAGCCGGCCUCCCGUACUGCUUCUGAUCCCCCUCAGCCUCCAGCAGUGGUGGUGGAGGGCCACAGAGUGGGCUGCUGACGAACUCGAAUGAAGAGCGGACUCUUUGUCCGCCUCUGCAUUACCCAGACAAGUGGCCUUGAAUGUGUUUGUGCUGUGACAGUGCGUGUGUGUGUGUGUGUGUGUGUGUCGUUUUACGCCUGUUCCUUAACAAAGGAAAUUAGAAAUAAGGAAAACUGUCCAAAUCAGGACAAUAGGACUAGAGUCAGGCAGGAACUAAAAGGGUUAAAUGUCCCAGUGUGUGCACAUGUGUACAGACACAUCUUGUAUGAACAGCGUGCACCCAAAGACAAACUGAGCCCACAGAUCGAAAAGAUGCACCGUAGGGACACCUGUGGAGUCGACAAAUACAAUGUGCACUAUAGAAAGCUAUCAAACUGCUGCGUGGGAGAUCUUGUGUGUGUGUGUGUGUGUGUGCGCGCCCUGUGUGAUGACUUGAGUGGUUAUGCUUGUAAUAUGCAAGGUCUUCCAGGAAAACGUGUCCUACAGUGUGAGGAGUCAAGAGGGUACGUAUGUAUUUUAAUAGAAUGGUUUAUUUUCUGAGGCGUUGCUUUAUACAUUUCAUUUUUAUUAAAUCUGGGGUUAUUUUCUGUGGGUUAUCAAGCAACUACUGACAAAAACUUGAAGUGGGAUUUCCAAGUAUGGGAUUUGCAAAUGUUUGUUUUUUUUGUUUUUUAUAAAGUAUAAUAUAUACACAAUGUGUGCCUGCUGUACAGAUAUAUACCAACUGUGUUUAAUGAUUUAUACAAAGUGUUUUUAAGAAUGUAUUAAAGAGAUCUAAUUUUUUAAUGUAAACGAGGGUUUGGAGUGAAGUUAGAAACUUGUGUUUUGCUGUGCAAGUCACAGGUGGCAUCGGUGACAAUAAAAGACUGUUGAUGAAAUA